UUUAGUUAGUGAAAAAAUGAAUAAACGAAUUACCCCAAAAAGGAUUCGUCAACGUUGGACAAAUAAUCUCGAUCCACGUCUGUGUCGCGAUCCUUUUGAUGAGAUUGAGAAAUUAUACAUGAUCGAAUGGGUUAAAAAAUAUAAAAUUCAAAAUCCAUCUGCUGAUAAAAUCCCUUGGAAAAAAUUAAUUCUGGAGAUGAAAGAUAAAUUUGGCAAAUUACGAACCGAAAAUAAAGUAAAGAAUUUUUGGCAUUCACAAGAAAGACGACAGAGAAGACAACUACAUCAGAAUACCAGCCAAGGUCCUUCCGAAAUUAAAAUAACGUUUCAUCAAAAUGAAGAUAUAAAUGUUACUUAUAAAGAUUUCAAUUUUUUGGAUAAAUUUUAAUAAA